CUUCUACAUCUAUAGUCACUGACACAUGAUUGCGCAUGAUCCAUUCCUCGUUCGACGUUCUAAAGCUAUUAAAAAGAAGUCCGUGGUACAGGAAGGCACCCAGUAAGUUGCAAAUAGCAGACCCAAUCAUGGUUACUGAGUCGAAACCUAAGUCAGUACAGAGCUCUAAUGUAAAAAUGGCUAAAGCAAGCUCUAGAAUAGCUGAACUUCAAAAAAAGUUCCAGGCUGACCUGUCAAAACCUUCAUAUCUCUUGGCUGGUACCAGAGAUGUAAUAAUAUAUCGUAGUUGUAUAGCACUAACUGCAAUGAGCUUUCUUGCAAACAUGUAUUACAUGAUUCAACUUCACAAGAAGUUCUAAUAAAAAUAAAUUAAUACAUAAUCGUCAUAUAGACAUUUAUAGAGAAAUACAUAGCGUAUAAAUUACAUUGUUACUUCAAUGAUGUGAACUCACUAUUAUAAUUAAAUCAUUAAAAUUA